AAACCGCUUUAUUAUAUAUCAUACUGCUUUACUAGACUGACGCGUUACGCAAAGUAUUGUUUUUUAGUGCUCAUUGAGCAAUAGUUGUUGUCUGUGUGUGGUUCUUGUGGUGUAAAUAAAAAAAAAAAAAUACGUGUUUUACUUUUUUUUCCGAGUCACACAAACUGAGAAGAAAUAACACAGUCGUCAACUGAACGCGUCUGAACACAGUCUGCAAUGGCGAGCAUAGACAAAUACCUCAAUGUGAAAUACAAGCUGAAGUCUUCGGAGCAGUUCGAAGAAUAUUUGAAGUUUAUUGGAGUUGGCAUGAUCUCCCGUAAAGCCGCCUGCGCAGUCAACCCCGUAGCAGUGCUGACCAAGGAUGGAGACACCUACACCUUCACGAUGACCACCUCCUUCAGAACCAUCACCUUCAGCUUCAAGUUGAACGAGGAGUUCAUUGAGGAGAGAGCUGAUGGUGUUAAGACCAAAUCCUUGAUGGUGGCUGAAGGUGACACGUUAAUACAAACCCAGUCGGAGGACAAUGGGAGGAAGUCUACCCAUGUGCGGACUUUCACACCGGACCUACUGACAGUUGUAUCCACUGCAGACGGUUGGGAAGGCAAGUGUGUGAGAAUAUAUGAAGUAGUCAAGGAUUAAUUAAAUUAAUAAAUGUGUAAUUAGUUUGUUAUUAUUUAUGUUAUACGGGUGGUCGUUAUAGCUGAACAUAUAAAAUUAUUAUUGUAUUUUUGUAAGUCAAUAAAUAUUUGGUUAUUUACUGUAA